UAGGACGCGGUUUGCUUUGACGGUGUUAGGAGUUUUUGACAGAAUAGAAGCUUGCUUGGUGGUGUAGUAGGCGUUGACAAUAGAUCAUUGUGAGCGUGGUGAGGAGGAAGAAGAAAAGGGGGUUUUGGGGACAUCAGUGAGUGACUUGCAGGGCGUGAGUGGGUUCUAGCCAGCACGGGUUUUUGACAGUUGUGCUAGUUCUGUUGUGACAGGAAGAAUUUGCAUUGUUUGCGUCGCGCAGCGACGAGGGGUGCCACGAUCGCGCAGUGAGAUCUGGAGCGCGCGCGAGAGAGUGUUUUGAGAGUGUAAUUCAGGUGAAAACUAGCAUUUCUCGUGAUUACGAUAAUUAUGUUUCCCCGCGGCUUCGCCGCCGCAGCCUCCUCCGAUCUGUUGCGCGAGGGGCGCGUCUGUAGAAGAUGAAGCAGUGGUGAAGUACGUGAACGACCUCGAAAUUGAAAUUUUGUGCCACACAACCACAGUAGCGGCCGCGGAUCGGACCGUGUCUCCGAUAGGCUUCAAUGAUCGGCGCCGAGUUUUGAAAGUUUUUCCUCCGGGCCGGGGCCCUUCGCGGGUGGAAAAGUCGGUGAAAAGAAGUGGCUUGCUUUGAUAGGGUUUUCCAACCGCCUACCGCGCUAUCUCGGAUGCUGGCCGCCGACUUCGAUUAUCGGUAAUCGCGCUGCACGCGAUCCGACCCUGGGACGUCUCGGCGGUUGACGGACAAAAGAAAUCGUGACGGACUCCGUACGGAGCGUGAAAAUCGCAUCUAAUUACCCCUCGGACCGCGAUGACCCAAAAGUGCUAAGAACCCCCCCGCAGAGGUCGCACCCAAUCCAAUGAAGAUGAGUGUCAACAGUGCCGCUGGGCCACCCAGCCUGACCACAGCCCUCGCAAAUCCGGGACCACCCAGUUCCGGAUCCUCUCAGCCGGUGUCCCCGCACCAACCCGCCCCACACCCCCUCAACGGAACCGGUCUCUGGGACAUCCCAGGUUCACAAGUGGUGACGGCCGCCUCCGGCGGCACCACCGCUGAACCCCCAAUGUCCCUGUCCUCGCUGUCCCGGCUCAACAGCAUGGAGUGCUGGGACUACACGAUCGAGCUCGAGUGUCUGCGCGGACCGGAAGGUGAGGACGACGACGACUCGGCCGCUGCAGGCUGCUUUCAGUCCCGGCGAGAUCUGGGCGAUCUGCAACUGGCGGCGGAACUCGGGAAAACCCUGCUGGAACGGAACAAGGAGCUCGAAAGUGCACUCAAACACCACCAGAACAUCAUCGAGGAUCAGGCACAGGAAAUCGAGUACCUGACGAAGCAGAAUGGUGCCCUGCGGGAGGUCAACGACUCGCGGAUGAAGAUCUACGAGCAGCUCGAAGUCAGCAUACAGGACCUCGAACGGGACAAGUACAAGUUAGCGUUAGAGAACCAGGCCGAGAAGAAGCAUGUCAAAACCCUGUGUCGCAACAUUGAAACGCUCGAGGCGAAGGUGGACGAGCUGACGAAAACCAUGGACGACGUCCGGAGGCAGCUGGACGCCGAACGGAAGAAGAACGAACGCCUCCAGAGUGACAGCCUGAGCGGAAACGGAGCCGGUUCCCGCGUCCAGCUGCGACCGGUGGCCGGUGGCGACGGCGACGAUGCCAGCCUCAGCGGACCUGACGAAGAUGAGAUCACCGAGAUCGACACUUCAAAGCCGGAAAACUUUUCGUUCGCCUUCCGCGACCAGUCCCACUCGACGGACGUCACCGACGGCAGUCACCUUGGGCAAAGCUUUUCCCACCAGCACGGAGGCCAUCACACCAACCACCAACUGUCGGACCUGAAUCUGGCGGAAGAGAACGAGGAACUGAUCCGGAUAAUGCAGGAGCUGGAGCGGACGCGCAAGUGCUUCGUGGCGGAACAGAACCGGGUGGCGGAACUGGAGGAACAGCUCGCGGCGAUCGCCCAGGAGAACCAGAUCCUCCAGAGCAAGAUAGUGCAAAUCAACACCACGGAGGAGAUGAAGUCCGUGCACGAGGAGCUGUCGAUCCUGGAGGAAGUCAGACAAGGCCAAAUGUGCACGCGCUGUCUGCGCGGCUUCGAGGACCGGCCGGAUGACGAAUCGAUCAUCACGGGCACCGACGCCGACGACGACCGCAGCCUGAUGGAUCUGAUCCAGAACGCGGCCUCGGAGGCGGGCGUCCCAUCGGCGGUGUACCGCUCCUCGGUCACGAUCAAGACUUCUUCUCCUAAGCCAGAUACCCUGGAUAUAUCGGGCACUAGUUCAAACAAUCCGUAUCGGGAGCUGGUGGCAAAGUAUGAAGCACUGCUGGAGGUCCAGAGGAAUUCGCUGAUGCGCAAGGCGAGCACGACGACGGCCACCACCUUGACCGGAGUGACCCCGCCGCAGCAAGGCCAAACCCAGCAGUCCUCGGGUCAGCAGCAGCAGCCGGGCGAGGAGCUCGGCUCGGGCGACUUUAGCUCGCUCAACACCAAGUUUACGGACGAGGACGGGAACAGCAAGAAGGACGACCAGAGCAGCAACGGCGGGGGCACGACGCGGCGGAAGAUUGGGCUGCGCACGCCGACGGACUUUUCCGAGGCGGAAACGACCAGCUCCGGGUUCUCGGACGAGAUCAGCAACAAGGCGACGCAGACGGACGAGCGGCCGCGGAACUUUUUGUGCACGAUCGCGGACGGGGAGGACUGCAAGUUCAGCAUCUAUGAGGACCAGACGGUGAUUGAUUCGCGGUUCCGGUUCAGCCCGUCGCACCGGGAGUUGUUCCGGGAGAUCUUUGGGAUUUUGAAGAAGGCGGCGGAUAAUCGGGAUGAGGGCGAUCAGUUGCCGUUGUUGGACGAUCAGAAUCCGGUUGUGGGUGGGAAUGGGGGAAAGGGUGGAGCGCCGAAGGUUCCUCCGGUGACGCCGGCUGCGGAGGAGCCGCCGAGUGAGUUUGGGGACGACACGCAGAGCGUCAUCUCGUCGGCGGUGUCCGAGCAGUCGUUUGCCAUGUCCGAGUGCAUCACCAAGUCGGAGCGCAAGAAGAUCGAGAAGCAGAACAAGUACGCGGAGAAGCAUGGUGAGCAGCAGCAGGAGAACAAACCUCCGGUCGGCGUUGCGGCUCUUCCGGACGGCCGGAUCCUGACGCCGUACAAGCGUCAACCGCUGGACUAUUUGACGGUGGCGGUCGGAGUCAACAAGAAGAAGUCCCGACGCCGUCGGAACCGCGGAACCGGUCCCGACAUGGACCGGUCGGACUCUCCGGUGUCCACCACUCCGUCAUCGCCACGGUGCGGCAGCUCCGGCAAGAAGGGCCGAACCCUGUACCGUCCGUGGAACCCGAACGCCGCCUCGCCGGCCACGCCCUCCUCCUCCAACCUGGUCAGCACCUCGUCCCCCAACGGAACGGCCACCGCCGAGUGGAACGGCACCUCGAUGACCAUCUACAACCGUAGCAUCAACUCGCCAACGCCCUCCUCCCAGCAGCAGCCCCGCAACCCGGUCCGGCCCGCCAACCACAACCGGUUCGCCGACCUCGCCGACGACACGCCGGUCCAGUUCAAGCCCUCGACCGCGAGCCACGAUCUGCACAAGCUCAAGAAGCUGGACCUCUCGUACGCCGAGGUUCUGCGCCGGGCGGACCUCGGCAAGCAGCGCCAGCGCCAGCACCACCACAAGUAAGUUUUGUGUUGUUUUAAAAAAUCUGUGUGUUUGUGAAAACAAAAAAAAAUGUCGACAACGUGUUUUUUAACUUGGGACGAAUCACACUUUUCCUGACACUUUUUUCAAAACAUUUGACGGCUAAAAAGUUCGCGCAUUGAACGCACUCACCAAAAAAGAGAGAAAUGUAAACAAAAGCCGCGUGGCGAAACGUCACCCGCGCGAGUUCACCAAUCCAAGCAAGCGAGAAGAAAACAACAAAAAGAGAUCAGUAUUAGAAGUUGAGCGCGAACAAAAGUUACAAAAAAAACAACAACAAAUUUGAUUCGAUUUACUUAAGCUUCUUUCCUGUAAUCCUUCACUUAACCUUUAAAUCAAACAACAAGACAAAAAAGAUAUUAUCGAAAACAAGCAAAACUAUUUAUCUGCACGAACAAAGUUAAAAAAGUAUGUAAUAAAGUUAAAGCAAAAAAAAAAACAACGUACCGCCAUAUUGAUUAAUUUGAAAGAGAGAGAGAGAGGGAGAACAAGCGCUGCAUCACACUCAAACGCCCACUCACACGCGAGUUAUUUAAUUUAAACAAGCUUACCAUUGUUUGUUUCCAACUUAUUUAGCAAUUGUUAUCUGUACUAGCUUUAAAUUUAAAAAUUGCGCAACUUGACACUCGGUUGCGCGUAGAACAAACACAAAGUAGGCCUUGUUUCCUUAACAUUUUGUUAACUUUUUUAGGAUCUUUCCUGCCCUUUUUUCCCCAUUUCCUCUAAAAAGUCCUUGCUUCGUUUUUUUUUUAUUAAGUCAAAGAGAGCGUUAUCAUUAAUAUAUACACACACACUCAAUAUAAAAAAUUGAGCGAAUCAUCACACCUGCGUAAGCAGGCGCUGUCAAACACUCACACUCGCGUAAAAAGCAGCGCAAAAAAGUCAACGCUUGCUGCGGAGUUUCAAUUGUUUACUGAUUUUUCAAACUGUCAAAGAAGGUAAACAAAAAAAUUUAUCGUUCGUGUAAAAACAACUCAAAGCAAACUAUAAUACUGAUAGUAAGUGAAAUCAAAACACACAAAGCAGAACAUUUGAAUAAAAGACACUCUAACUUGUUCCAAGGUUCCAACCAAUACAUAGCAAACAAAAAAAAACAGUAAUGUCAGUCAACGCUCAAUAUGUAGAACACAAACUGAGAGAGAGAAAAAAAAUAAUAAAAACUUAAAGUCACAAUAUUAAAGCCAUUCGUGUUUCCGACGGGAAGCAAAGAGUGAAAGAGAGAGAGAGAGAGAGAGAGAUGAGUAGAAACACAAACGAACGAACUAAAGAAAGAGAAAAGAAGAAACGUUUGUCUAUCAAUCGGUCGUGUUGAUAAACAAUAGAGAAAGGGAAACAAACAAAUAAACAAAAAAAGCAAAGCAUACUAACGAAACGAACCAGAAUGAUGUGUUGCAGAAGAGUGAAACAAUAAAACUAAUACAAAGAAGGAGAAGAAGAGGGGAAAAUAAUACUGAUUGUGCAACAACAAACGCUAUGCGGCCAAGCAAAGUGUGUGGAAAUAAAGACAAAUGAAAGACUAUGCGAAAAAUUGUAUAAAAAAAA